CAGGGAAUUUCGAUGGGGAUACAAUAGCUCAUUAACAACAUGUAACAUGAGUUGACUUUAAUCUGAAUUUUGGGUGACAAGCUGGCCCGACAAUUUACUUCUAAAAUUCAAUUGGAAAGGGGUGUGCUUUCGAAAUAUAUAAAUCAAAAUGAGUUUGAAAAACAAAUUGACUGGUCUGUGGAGCAAGCAUAAGCCCACGGAAAAUCAAAAGGCAUUGGCCUUAGCCUUUAUGCCAUCAGCUGCCACCUUUGGACUGGCUGCAGCUUUGGCUGUUGUUUAUUAUACCGAUUGGAAAGUAAUUGCCGGAUGGAUUCCCCUAUAUAAUACCAAAUUUCCUAAACCCGAAGACCCAAAGAAAAAGAAGAAAUAGGAGAUGAUAUAAUAGUGCUGCCUCGCACUAUUUAUUUCAGAGUCAUAUUGCUUCAAAAUCAAAAUCAGACCCUUGAAGAUCGUGCAAUCUGUGAAAUAUUAUUGAAUGAAACGUUUUUACUGGCUUUCAA